AACCUUGUUCUGCAAAAUGCGGAAAGAGAGAUAACAUCAGAGAUAGCGGGAAACGAGAAAAAUGACGUUUUUUUUUUCUCCGAGAUAACGGAAUACAAACCUUACAAGUGAUAAUUCGUCACUUGAACACAACAUUGUCGGUUUUCACUUCUACUCAAAGUUCAUAUUUUUAUUUUCGAACUUAAUAUGGCUGCAACUGCCACGAAACCGAUUUUGUAUUCAUAUUUUCUCAGCUCUUGUUCGUGGAGAGUAAGGAUUGCUUUGGCAUAUAAAGGAAUAAAAUAUGAUUACAAAGGGGUAGAUUUGAAAAAUAACGAACAUUUGCAAGAAGACUUCUUGAAACUCAAUCCGUGCGCCCAAGUACCAGCUUUAGUUAUUGAUGGAAAUGUUCUUACUCAUUCUACUGCGAUUUUAGAAUAUUUAGAAGAAACAGUUCCGGAUCCUCCACUGUUGCCAAAAAAUCCUGUUGAAGCUGCUGUCGUCAGGCAAAUAGUGGACUCUAUAGCGUGUGGUAUUCAACCUUUUCACAACGAUCAAGUUCUUCGAUAUAUUGGACCAAACUCUUUCAUUUGGGCUAAACACUGGAUUCAAACUGGAUUCCAAUCCAUUGAACGAAUUCUGCGGAAUACACAUGGGAAAUACUGUGUUGGAAAUAAUGUUACUUUUGCUGAUGUGUGUUUAGUGCCUCAAAUUUUUAGAGCCAAUAUAUACGAUGUAAAUAUGACAGAUUUUCCUUUAAUAAGAGCCAUUGCUUCAAACUUAGGAGAUUUAUGUGCAUUUAAAGAGGCCCAUCCUUUCCAACAACCUGACUACCCUGCAUAUAUAUAAUUAAAUAAACAUUCAUUUUAUUUUUAUAGUAAUUACAUUAAAGCUAGCGACAAGUUUUGGGGUUGUGGUGUUAUGGGAAUAUACUUGAUGGGAUGUUUUAAUCUGAAUUCUGGAUACAUUUUUUUAUCCUAAAAAAAGUCUUUUUUUAGUGUUGAACUUGCUUUACUGAACUAUUAUAAAUAUAUUUUUCUGCUUAAAUUAAUCUAAAAUCGCAUAAGAUGAUUAAUUUCUUGAAUGAGCUAUUUUUAUUGCAUUUAUUAGAUUAAAUUAAUGAGUAUAUUCUUUGUUUUGAUUAUUAAUUUGAAGCUUAGUUAAUCUGAGUGUAUUUAGCAAAUGCUAAUUUGGAUAAAGAGAAAACGAACGAGUAAGUGGUUUUAUUCUUUUAACUAAAAAUGUUUAGAUUGAAUAUUAUUUUUAUUAAUAUUUUAUUUGCUUAAAUUUUAAUAAUUAAAUCCGAUAUUUUUAUAUAAUUCAGGCUUUAAUUUAUAUUUGUAGUAAUAUUCUUUCAAUCAGGUUCAAAAUUUUAUUAUUAUUAGAAAACUUAAAAAUCGAGUUUCUUUAAUGCUAAUAAUUUCAAAUGUAAAUUGUCUUUAGUUAUUAUUUCAAUCGUAUUAGUAGUUUAUUUGCUCUGUAUUUGUUUAAACUUUUCAGCAUGCAAAAAAAGAAUUAAAGAUGUUUGACACAUAAGAAAAUCGGUUUAAUGCUGAACUUUUAUAUUAUUUUUUUCUAAAUAAUACAAGCAGCAAUUGAUUUCAUAUUUUAAAUUAACAUUGCUUUUAAAAAUUAUUUUAAUUAGUAAUUUAUUCUAAAA